AUGGGCAACAAACAGACCAUCUUCACCCCGCAGCAGCUGGAUGCCUAUCAGGACUGUACAUUCUUUACCAGGAAGGAAAUUUUGAGGCUGUACGAGCGCUACCGUGACCUGGCCCCUCAGCUGGUGCCGCUCGACUACACCGCUCGGCCAGAUGUGAAGCUGCCGUAUGAGCUCAUCGGCAGCAUGCCAGAGCUGAAGGAUAAUCCUUUCCGUCAGCGAAUAGCAGAGGUGUUCUCGGAGGAUGGCGAGGGAAACAUGACUCUGGACGACUUCUUAGACAUGUUUUCGGUGCUCAGCGAGAUGGCUCCAAGAGACCUGAAGGCCUAUUAUGCCUUCAAGAUUUAUGACUUCAACAACGAUGACUUCAUCUGCAAGUCUGACCUGGAGAAGACGCUGAACAAGCUGACCCGUAACGAGCUGACGGAAGACGAGGUGCGGAUGGUGUGCGAAAAGGUCAUGGACGAGGCCGACCUGGACAACGACGGACGCUUGUCCCUGGAGGACUUCCAACACAUGAUUGUCCGCGCCCCAGAGUUCCUCAGCACUUUCCAUAUAAGGAUAUAAAAGCCACUACGCUGUGAAUCAACAAGGAGAGAGCCGCCUGGGAGGGGAUCCGAAGAGGAGUCCUCGAAGGGGUUAUGGCACGUGGCGAUUUACUUUUUACAAAAGGCAGCCCAGGGAAAAGAAUGGACUGAGAAAACACUGUACCCAGCUUGACCAUUUCAACGGCCCGCUGUAUGCAAAUCUGGCUGGUGGAACAUUACACACAGCAGUCGUGACCCUUUUGCCUUAGCUGUAGCAAGAGGGAGGGACUCUGCUCCUGUCUCAUGUUUACAGUUAAACGUGCUGCACACCUUUCUUUAUUGCAUUUCGUGGCCCCCCUGAGUGACUGGCCUCCUUGUGGCUCGACAUAAAGGUCUCUCAGUGAACCUGAGCUUCCAGCAGGCUCCAGUGACCGCGGCAACGGCUGGCCAAGACUCAGCUGACCUGCGAGGUAAAUAAGAGGCUUGCAGGGUGAGCGGGCCUCGCUGAAGACGACCUUGCAACACUAUCAGCAUAUGGGACGUGUGUGUGUGUGUGUAUGUCAGAGAGAGGGGUCUCAGUUACACCGUCCCACAGUGACAAAGGGGACAGCAAAGGAUGGGGUUGGUCAGGGCUAUGAUGGAGUAUAUUAAAGCCGAUUUCCUAGUCACCUGCCUGCGUCACUGCCUUUGACACAAACAUAUACACCCACACCCAGCAUGCUUUUGUAUGGACGAGGCAUCAUACUGAUUUUCUUUAAAAGUCUUAUUUUAAUAAAUCAAAAGUACAGAUAUCUACAAAACUGUAGAUCAAUUUUCAUAUGAUUUUAGAAAGUACAGUACAUUUUUUUUGUUUUGUUUGUUUUUACGUAGAUCUCUUUUUAGAGUGUUAUUUACAAUUUUUUUUCCAAAAGGUAACUUAAUUUUUUUUUCUCCCCAUAUACCUCUAAAAUCAACAGAUACAUGAAAACAGUCCUUGAAAACAUAAAACAAAAACAAGAGAGAACUGGUAUAUGAUAUGAAUUAGACAGCAAUGCAAGAAAGAAAGAAAGAAAAAAAACAAAAAACAAAAACAGUAAGAGCCGAAAACCUAUUGGGAGAAGUGUGAGGGCACGAUUUGAGUGGUGGCGUGCAGUACU